AUGCCCAGGAAGAACGCAGAGGGAGUGAAGGAUGCAGCCAGCAACACCAAGAAGGCGUUGAAUGUGUCUGAGAAGGCCAUCAAGAAAGCAAGAGCAGCCCUGAAGGAGGCUCAAAACAACCUCAACAGCAGCAGAAAUGCCACAGCCGAGGUGGAUGAGAGGCUGAAGCAGCUGGAGGAGAAGCAGAUGGACAUCAUGACACGUUUAACCAACCUCUCCAUGGGGGUGGAAGCUCUGAGGAACAAGACAGAAAUGAACAGACAAAUGGCCAAGGACGCCAAAGCUCAGGCUGACAACGCCACACAUGCAACAACCUCACUGCAGCAGAGCCUGAAUGACACGGAGAAGAGGUACCAGGAGCUGCAGAUGAAGAUGGACUCUCUUGGCGGGGAGUCUGGAGGUCUGAUCAAUAUCAACCAGAGAGCAAAGGAUAUCAAGAAGGAGGCAGUGGACCUUCUUAACAAAGCCACCAAGGGGACAGAGAAACUCAAGAAACUGGAGAAAAAGUUCAGGAGUAAUGAGCAGCGCAUGCAGAGGCAGCGCACAGAGCUGGACCAGCUGAAGGAGAACGCCACUCUGGUGCGGGAUGAGAUCAGAGAACAGGUGCAGAAGUACAGUAACUGUGUGUGA